UCAGUUCAAUUUAACUACUCAUCGGCAACGGUUUGAAUUGAAAAUGGCAUCUUCGAUGGACUUACUCUGGCUUUUUGGCAUUUUGGUUAUCAGCAGCGUGCUACUGGAAACUUCGACUCUGAACAGCGAAGUUGUGGAGUCCGUAACCGUUGCUUCGAAGUCAAGCAACUUCAGUGAAAAUGUGAAAAUAAAACUGGAAAAAACCUGGAAUCAUAAUGGAACUAUGCAGGCGCAACCGUACAAUAUUCUGGAGACCAACUGUCCUCAUGGCUAUGUCCUGGCAAAUAAACAUUGCCACAAGCGUGCCUAAACGUAUUGAAAUAAAUGUAAAUGUUACGUAAAGAUAAUUUCUGUUAUAGCACAUUUUGAAUUGAAGAUCAUAUGUUCGCAUAUAAUUACACAAUUAUAAAAUAUAUAUGAUUUAAAAGCAUCUCUGU